GGUGGACACUGGACAGGAGGUUGGUUUGUUGUACGUAGCCGGCCUGUGAAUUUAUUUGAGGUGUGUAGUUGAGAAGAAUCCACAUUGAUUGGUGAUACAGUAUGCACAGUACAUCAUGGUGCAAUGGAUAUGACAUCCUUCCAUUACUGAUCAUCUCUGUAUUUUGAGAAGAGUAUAUUUUUAUUAGGUAUUUCAUAAAGUUGGAACUCAGUACAUUUCCAAAACCCUGACACAAAUUUAUAUCAGUGAUAUGGGAUUAUAAUUCAAGUGGAUUUCUUCUAUUCUCCCACUUCUUACAAUGGUCUGAGCAAAUUUCUAGUCCUCAGGUCGUUUUACAUUAGCAAACACACAAUGGAGCAGAGAUUUGAGGAACACAAGGAGUGGGAAGGUGAACCAGAUGGAGAGGGUGAUAUUGGGGAAGAGAUGAUGGAGAACCCACAAGAGGUGUUGAAAGAAUGUCUCGAAAAAUUCAGAACUAAAGACUACAUAAUGGAACCAGGAAUAUUCACUCAGCUGAAAAGAUAUUUUCAGGCUGGUGGAAACCCAGAACAGGUCAUUGAGCUGCUUUCUAUCAAUUACAGUGCUGUAGCUCAGAUGGCAAAUCUUCUAGCUGAAUGGUUAAUUACUGCAGGACUAACAGUUACAGAUGUUCAGGCAAUGGUAGAAAAUCAUGUCAAGGAUAUGAUACUGAAGACAUUUGAUCCAAAGAAGGCGGACACAAUAUUCACGGAAGAAGGUGAGACUCCUGCAUGGCUAACUGAAAUGAUAGACCACCCCACGUGGCGUUCUUUAAUAUACAGACUUGCAGAAGAAUAUCCAGAUUGCCUUAUGCUGAAUUUCACAAUAAAGCUUAUUUCAGAUGCAGGCUUCCAGGGUGAGAUAACAAGUAUAUCUACUGCUGCGCAACAGAUUGAAGUUUUCUCUAGAGUUUUAAAAACUGCAAUCUCAGGAUUCCUGCAAAAUAAUGAAGACUGGUCUGGCAGUGUUGAGGAAUGUGCUAAAAUGGUAUGUCAUGGUCAGCAUACAUAUGUGUACAGCCAGGUAUUACUUCAAGUCUUAUCUCAAGAACCAAAAGGUGGAUCAAACAUGAAGCGUCUUUCACAAGAAAUAGUAAGAUGUGCACAACAGAAUCACCACGAUGUUACACCCAUCACUAUGGCUCUCAAUGGAGCAUCAGCAUAUCCUCAAGCAUGCCAAGCCUUGACAUCUAUGCUGUCUCGUAACAGCCUGAAUCCAGCAGAUAUUACAGUUCUGUACAGAAAUUAUUCUGCAGUUGAUCCUCCUCCAAUAGAUCUCAUCAGGACACCACAGUUCCUUGAUCUCCUAGUAGACUCUCUAUUCAAACCAGGAGUAAAGUUGAAUCCAGAACACAAGCCAAAAUAUAUAUACCUGCUGGCUUAUGCUGCAAGUGUAUGUGAAACAUCCACCAGGAAAGGUCAGGUUCGCAAGAAUAUUAAUAAAGAUGAAUUGAAGCCGACAAUUCAGGCAAUCGAAAAAGUCCAUGGUAUAUGCAACAUAAACAAAGGGUCGACUGAGCUCAUUGCUGAACUUUCUACACUGUAUCAGUGCAUUAGGUUUCCAGUUGUAUCUGUAGGUGUUGUGAGGUGGGUAGAAAGUACCGUUACAGAGUCAUCAUAUUUCAAGCUCUGUGUUGAACACACUCCCAUUCAUCUGGCACUGCUGGAUGAAGUUGUCACCUGCCACAUGCUCCUUCACCCAAUGGUUCUCUCACUCCUUGUGAGAUUGUUUGAAUCAAAGCAGGAUGAACUGGAAAUUCUUGUGCAGUUGGAAAUGAGGAAGAUGUUGCUCGAUCGUAUGGUGAAUCUGCUCAGUAGAGGCUGCGUUGUACCUGUUGUCAAAUACAUCAAGCAGUGCUGGCAGAAGGGCGACACUGACAUCUCGCUGAUACGGUACUUUGUUACAGAGGUUUUGGAAGCCAUAGCACCACCAUACACAGCAGAAUUUGUGCAACUCUUCUUGCCCAUGGUUGAGAAUGAAGAAAUUACUGGCUCCAUGAGGGGUGAUGGUGAAAAUGACCCAGUGUCAGAAUUCAUUGAUGUAUUCACUGGGAAAAGCUGCCCCAGGCGUAGAAUUGAAGAAGAUAACACAGCAUGCUGCGUAGAAGAUUUUUCUCGUCGGACGAGCCAUGUCUUCAAAGAAAAAAAUAAAGCCUAUUUUACAGUUCUACUGGCAUGCCUCCAUUUCUUAAGAAAUUUGGUUCUGAACUGUAGUAAUUUUCAUCCUCUCAGGUAUUACACAGCUCAGUUUCAGGCUGUUAAAAUAAUGAAUGAACUGUCCGGGCAGAAUGCAUAUACUAUUAUUAAGAUGGUACCUAAGAAACAAAACAUCCUUUCAGAUUUAAAAUUGUCAUCGUUUAACACACAUUUAUCAUUUUUGUUUGAGGCUGGGAUUUCUCAUCGCAUGUGUUUUUCUGAAAGUAUUGAAAGUGGAUUAAAUAGUGUUUGUAAGAGAAUUGUGUUGAGGAUAAAUGAGAGUACAAUGAAAUGUAACAAUCACAAAAGUGCUUCAAGCAGUGUCAUUAACUUUUUCCUCUCUGAUUUCGCUCUAGAACAACAUAAUUUUAAAAUUAUGGGAUUACUAAAAGAAAGGAUUACCACAGAACCAAGUGUUUCUGUUGUUGUUGAAGGAAAGUCUCCCAUCAAAGAACAUCCAUUCCAGAGGACAUCAGUUCAGAAAUUCAAAAUUUUCUGUGGGCAAAAAAAGACACGGGAGAGCAAGUGGAUAAGAGAUGUAAGCUGUAGUGGCUCUCAUAAAAACAAAUUGGAUACAAUAUCUGGAAGAAGAAAAUUCAUUAAUGCAAUUAAUGACCCACAGAGUCACCUACAUAAAGUGAAACGGAAAAAUAAUACCAGAAGUUGGAAACACAAUAUUUUUAACAAAUUUGCCUGUGACUUAAAGUCACAGUCAAGCAGUCAAGCUGGAAAACAUAUAAUGAGCAAUAUAAUAAGUGUAAUGAAUUGCAAGACGUUGUCUAGAGUCCCACCUUACUUUUUGACCCGAAACUUAAUGCUCAGAUCGAGACAAGUAAAACAAAAUUUUCAAGUUCCCCAAGAAGCAGCAGUGAGCUCCUCAAAAACAUCUGUUCCAUUGCAACACAGUGAUGCAUCUUCCACAAGUCUUCCUAACGAAUAUCCAUUGUUUGAUGAAAUUGAUGUAGUAGUGGCUACUGAAGUUGAGAAAGAUAACAUUAGAUGUGAGGAGAACAAAGAAGAAUCAAAGGAAGUCCCAGUCGUGAGUGAUGUAACUCAUCUGUUAGGAGAAGAUGUAAUGAUCAGCGGUUGUUCUGUCCAAAAAAGCACAGAUCUUUCCCAUUGUUCCACUGCAGCAAGGAUGGCUUAUCUUAGUCAUAUUACUGACACACUAGAAACUGCAGUUUCAUUUGAAGAGUUUAUGGAAAGCUACAAAGAAGAAGACAGUGCAAGCACAUGUAAUGCAGAGCAAGAUUAUAGCAGUCUAUUGGAUGAACCUCCUAGCAACUGUUUGCCACGUGAGUUAUUAGAUGAAUGGGAAAAUUUAAGCAUUUUCAGCUCUGAACAUUUGGAUGAUGGCUGUGUACUGGAUGACUUGUUAGAAAAAUGGAGUGAUCUACACAUAUCCAGUUCAGAAGAAUCAGGUUGUAGCUACUACAAAACACAUCUGUUGGAUGAUUGGGAACAAAAACUUUGCCUUACUGAUAAAUCUUGAAAGGGCUAAGGAUUUUUCAUCCUUUCUAACUGUAAAGUGUACAAAUAUGUUUGUGAAAUGUUUUGAUCUCAACAAGUUCAGCAGAGACUUUUAGUAAGUUAAGUGUAAUUUUUAAAUAAAAAUAAGAUGAAAUUGUUUUAUUAAUU